AUGGUAGAUACAGCAGGAGUGGUGGUAUUAGCGGUGUUUUACAUAUUGAUUCUAGUGGUUGGAAUAUUGGCUGCCAAAUGUUUUAAGCCGAAAAAUGUCUCCGAGACAGAACGCUCAUUGGUGGCCGGAAGGCAGCUGAAUCUCGGAGUAGGCAUAGUAUCUCUGACAGCAACAUGCGUCGGAGGUGGAUUCCUAAGCGGAUUUGCAGAAUCAGUAGCACUGUAUGGAGUAAUCUGGAUGCUAAUGCCAAUCGGCAUGAUGCUUGGGUAUUUCAUAUCGGCGUACUUUUAUGGAGGAGUGAUGCGUAAGAGGAAAUAUUUGACGAUGCUAGAUCCAUUUUAUGACCGUUAUGGAGGGAUAGCGACUGCCAUCUUGUUUCUUGUGACCCUUCUUGCUGAUGUUCUUUGGACUGCCUCCAUUCUGACUGCAUUAGGUUCAAGUCUAAGUGUGAUCAUUGAAGUAGAUUUUGUGGUGUCUGUUGUUGUAUCAGCUGCAGUUGCAGUAUGCUACACUAUGUUUGGCCAAAUGAUUUCUGUGUCUUACACAGACGUCUUACAAUUGGCUUUUAUAACCAUUGGCUUGGGUAUUGCAAUACCAUUUGCUGCGACGAACGAUAAUGUAGACCUGAGUUCACUUAGUGAAACACCAGCUAGAUGGUUGGGCACUAUUGAACCAAUACAGAUAGGAUCGUACAUCGAUUUAGUUAUUGCAGUGUGGAUAUUUGGAAGUUUGCCAUGGCAGGUUAAUAUACAACGGUUCUUGUCAAUGAAAUCAGUUAGAGAUGCAAAGAUAAUGGGCGUGAUUGGAGGAAUUGCAGUCGCUAUAAUUGGAGUAGCCCCAGUUGCUAUUGGGGUUAUAGGGAUUGCAACUGACUGGAACAGUACAAGUUAUGGAGUAGAUCCCAUAAAAGCAAACAUGUCAAGUAUGGUGUUGCCGGUAGUACUGUAUCACCUCACACCUAGACCAGUUGCAGUCAUAGCACUUUGCGCUGUGACGGCUGCAGUGAUGUCAUCAAUAGACUCCGGCAUUUUGGGAUCAAGUGCAAUGUUUACUCAAAACGUCUAUAGUGUCAUUCGUAAAAAGGCAUCAUCACGAGAACAAAUGGUGAUACGACAAGUAACCACGGUUAUACUUGGUGCUAUAUCAUCUUUAAUUUCGAUUUAUGGAGGGAACACUGUUAUCGGACUGUAUUAUUUGUCAGCAGAUAUUGCUGUUGUAUUACUUAUUCCUACGCUGACGUGCAGCAUGUACAUAGAAGUUGCCAAUGGAUACGGCGCAUUGUUUGGCUCUGGUUUGGGAUUAGUGCUCAUCUUAGGAAAAGGGAUACCAUCGUUAAAUCUACACGCUUUCAUAUCCUAUCCACCAUAUCACGAUAAAGAAAGCGUAUUUCCUAUCCGGAUCUUGUGUACGAUCGUCGCCACCUUAACCAUUGUUAUUAUAUCCUACCUUACAAAUAUUAUGUUCUUAAAAGGGUUUAUGUCUAGAAAAUAUGAUAUUUUGAACCAGUUCUCGACUGCUAGUACGGAUGACAUGGAGCGAGAGGUGGAAUCUAAUAGGAACUCAGUGGGUUAUGGAGAGGAUCACAACACCACGUCAUAUUCCUAUGAAAACCCCCUCGAAGUUAACGACAAUACCAAAUUGUAGAUUGAGUUAUGUCGGACAGAUUGAUCACUAUAUUUUAUGAAUAUUGAAUAUUUUGUUCAUUAAUAGGACCUCAAUUUUUCUUUUUCCUAAAACAUUUAAUAUUUUGACACGACAAAUUUAUUGAUCUUGAAAGAAAAUUGACGCAAUAAUGCAUAAACUGUAUUCAAGAAUUGAAAUU